AUGACGCUAUUGGCGAAUUGCGUGACGAGAGGUAGCGACGAAUUGCUCUCACAAUCAACAGUAUCAGUCAUGGCACCCUCAGCACCUCACACAGAUAACAAUAAUCAAGAAAAUGCCAAAAAGGUGAAACUAGAACAGAACGUGGGCAAGCCCUCGCGCGUGAUCCACAUCCGCAACAUCCCCAGCGACGUAUCGGAAGCUGAAGUGAUUCACCUAGGGCUGCCGUUCGGCCGCGUGACCAACGUGCUCGUCCUGAAGGGCAAGAACCAGGCGUUCCUGGAAAUGGGCGACGAAGCGGCCGCCACUUCAAUGGUCAGCUACUUCAGCGGGUGCAUCGCGCAGCUGCGCGGCAGAGCGGUCUACGUGCAGUACAGCAACCACAAGGAGCUGAAGACGGAUCAGACGCACUCCAAUGCGGUAAGUGAUAACGUUUAA